AAAGAUUAAACUUGCGUAAGAAACAAAGAAUUAGUUACUACGAACCGGACGAGCCGCCCUUCGACGACUAUGUUUUUUGUCCUUCGUGUCGAGAUUAUGUGUACGAAUACUGCGCUAUACAUGGCCCGUUACUGAUCAUACCGGAUGAUAAGGUCCCUGCCGUAACAAACCUCCCCCCGAUAGUACCGAGGGCAGCCCUGACCUUACCAAGAGUAUUUCUGCAUUUAAAUGUAUCCACUAUUAGAGGCGCCGGUUUGGGAGUGUUCGCUACGAGAACCCUACCACGUAAUGUGCGGUUUGGGCCGUACAGAGGAGUACGUACUAAGGACGCUGCUUCAAACUACUGCUGGCAGAUCUACGACAAAGACCACAAACCCUCGCACAUGGUGGACGCCGCAGACGGGAACAACUCCAAUUGGAUGCGGUUUAUUAACUGCUCUAGACAUUGGAGUGAACAUAACCUCGUCGCGUUCCAGUACAAGGGAGAAUUGUAUUACUGCACAAUUAGAACUAUUCCUCGCAAUACGGAGCUGAUGGUGUACUAUGGGAGUGAGUUCGCACAUCGCCUGCACGUCGAUAUCGGUCGAUAUAACUCACCUGUAGACGAAUUUGUUAAGCGACUAGCAGCUAGUUAUGAACACUAUGAUAAAAUGUACGCAGAAUUGACCAAUCCAAGAAAUAAGAGUGGAACUUCGUUGAAGCAAUCUGUUAUAUUUACGAAAAAAAAGAAAAUUAUUCCAGUUAAAAAGUCGAAUUCAAGCAAUGUUAAAAGACCAACGUACAAUCAAACUAUUGCUUCGAAGAAAACUAAUAAAAUACAUUCAGAUACAAAGUCUACUGUCAGUAUCGUAAAUGAAAAAACCAAUCAAUCUGUUGAAUUGAAAGAACAUAACUCAAUAUAUAGAGAUAAAAAGUCUCAAUCGGAUAAUAUUACCAAAACAACGCCCAACGAACCUGAUGCUUCAAAGGUACAUAAUACGUGUGGAAUGACUGAAUCCAGUAAUGUUGGCGGAACAAUGUCCAAUCAAUGCAGUUAUUUAAAGCAAGGUACAGGUCAAUACACUGGUGAAAAACCAUACCCUCGUGAUGAAUGUGGUAAGAGUACCACUGAAUCUGGUCAUCUGACGAACCACAAAAGAAUACAACCUUGCGAUAAACCAUAUCCAUGUAAUGUAUGUGGUAAGAGUUUCAAUCAAUCUAGUCAUUUGAAAACACAUAGUAAAAUACAUACCGGUGAUAAAUCUUACCCGUGCAAUGUAUGUGGUAAAAGUUUCAUUCAAUCUAGUGAUUUGAAGAGACAUAGUCGAAUACAUACCGGUGAUAAACCUUACCCGUGCAAUGUGUGUGGUAAGAGUUUCAGUGAAUCUGGUCAUUUGAAGAGACAUAGUAGAAUACAUACCGGUGAUAAACCAUAUACAUGCGACAUUUGUCCGCUGAAAUUUACUCAUAAACAAUCUCUUGUUAUGCACUUUCAGAAACGUAUGUUAUAAUAAUAACUUCUUUCAUUAUCCUGUGUUAAUUAAAGCCUCCUAGUUAGUUUGUAAAUAUUAACCUGUUUCUAUGUAUGUCUCAGCUAUAAACCAUAUAUACGACUACGAGUAUCGUAUUUAAAAACAUUAGAAAGAUCUUAUUAUUUUACAAACUUACCAGGUAAGGUAUAAUUUGUGACAUUAAUUGAACAUUUCAAGGACAUUAAAAUUUAAUGAAGUCUCAUGAAGAAGAAUGUCUUAAUAUUUCAAAAUUACACCUA